AUGAAUCCAGCGAAACCCUCCCAAUCGUCACUAUUUCAGGUGUACCUCCGCCUUCGUCCGCCCAUCUCUCAGCAAGAUGACCAGGCCGAACGAUGCUUAACAGUCGAGUAUCCAGAAUCUCAAGAUGUUGUUGAACAUGACCAAGGAACUCCAGCUCUAGCGGCAACUCAUAUUAUCCUGCAACCGCCAAGCGAUGCUAGAAAGCGGGCAGUUGAGAAAUUCGGCUUCACCAAGGUUUUUGAAGAGUCGGCUUCUCAGUUGACUGUGUUCGAAGACACAGGACUCGAUUCAAUUAUACGGGGAGUGUUGCUUGAGGGAAGAGAUGGCUUGGUCGCUACAUUAGGUGUGACAGGAAGUGGAAAGGUGGGACCAAACGCAACAAGAUAUGAAGCAGUGCUGACGGCCAUGUACAGAGCCACACCAUCUUGGAUGAGUCUUGAUGUGAUUUUUAAAUCGUUAGCCUCGACAAUCAAACCACCAGACAAUUCUAUCCACCCUCUCCUCCUGUCCUCGGUCGCGUCGUCGGACCAGUCAGAAUCGCAGAUAUUCACGGCGCAGACGUUUCUCGAAGCUGUAUAUGGAGACCCAAGUGCCGACCGUGGUAGGAACUCUAGAGCACAGACCCCAAUGAGCUCUUCCAGAGCUCAAACCCCUCUGACGGUAUGCUUCCCUCCCCAGAGCCAAUUGCUCAGGUCCUCAGUUUUGCGCCCGCAAGCCCCCUUUCCAAGCCGUUUCUGUGGCCAUAAUAUGGCGUAUGGCCUACGCAAUGGGUAUUCCCCAACUUUGAACCACAUGAGCCGCCUUAUCCCAAAUGCCACCAUUAAGGCGAGCCCCAGACAAAUGGUCCCUGGACUCUCACUUGCACUUUCAUACACUCAACCUAGCUUUAUUGGCAUGAAUCGCGCUAAACAAUCUCAAAACUUAAAGGAACCGGCGCCUGCCAUUAUUUUCCCCCGUCGUAAUCUGCCCCAACGGCCAAAUGUUCCACCUCGUUCGCCCGAUGUUAGCCAUCUCACAUUGGAACUGAACCCUAACUCUGAAUAUAUCGUACUGGUGUCAAUGUAUGAAGUCUAUAAUGAUCGCAUCUUUGACCUUUUGUCGCCAGCGAUAGUUCCAGGCCAAGGAAGUACCGUGUCGCGAGGGGGAACCAACCAGAAGGACAGACGGAGACCCCUCCUUUUCAAAUCUACUGAAGGAUCUCCCGACAGGAAGGUCGUCGCGGGCCUACGCAAAAUAGCCUGCAGUACUUACGAAGAGGCACUGGCAAUUUUAGAAGUCGGACUCACUGAGCGCAAAGUCACGGGUACUGGCGCGAACAGUGUCAGUUCACGGAGCCAUGGAUUCUUCUGUCUCGAGGUCAAGAGAAGGAUGCGUAACAAGAGAACGGGAGAAGAAACAUGGAUGGGGAACACCCUUACAGUGGCAGAUCUCGCUGGCUCCGAGCGUGCAAGAACCGCCAAAACGGCUGGAUCUACCCUGGCCGAGGCAGGCAAAAUCAACGAGAGUCUGAUGUAUCUCGGUCAAUGCUUACAAAUGCAGAGUGAGAUACAAGAGGGGAAGGUACGAUUCACUUUCACGCUUACGAGCACUGCUCUGGUCCCAUUCAGACAAUGCAAGCUCACCGAGCUACUAUUCUCAAACUCAUUCCCAUCAUCUACCCAGGCGCCUGGUCCCAACCGCCACCCGCAAAAGGCAAUUAUGGUCGUAACCGCUGAUCCUCUUGGAGACUACAACGCAACUUCGCAGAUCCUGCGCUAUUCGGCCCUUGCGCGGGAAGUCACCGUGCCUCGGGCUCCAUCCGCGACUGAGUCUGUCUUCUCUGCUACAGUUGAACUUCGCAAGUCUUCUGCUAGCGACCGCUCUACACCGAAUAUGGCAACCAGUGAAGAGCUCGAGAAAGCAUUAGCCGAAAUCAGCAGACUGACGAAGGAGAAUGAGGCACUUUCCGUGAGAUUAGCUGAAGAAGAGAUCAUGAGAGCAGAAUUAGAUAUGAGACUGAAAUCUAGUGAAGAAACAUGUCUCAUGAUCGAGCAGGAAGUGCGCGAAGAGUGCUGGGCCGAAAUGGAUGAGAGGAUGGAAGAAGAGAGAAAGAAGUGGCAAGUUGCUCUGGAGGAGCAGGCUGGUCAUAAUGAUGAACACCUUGAUAAGAAGAUUGAACUAUUGUCUCGUGGUUUCCAAGAUCCCGAGCCUUCUAGGGACGAGAAGGUGGAAGAACUGGAGUUCGAAAUUGACCAGCUUCGCAGCAAGGUUACAUCUUUAGAACGCGAACUGAUGUGCCGGUCUCCUACCAAGAAGUCCAAGUCAAAAAAUACACUCGAGCCGUCUCGCAAUUCCAAUAUUCUUGGUCGCGAAAGUGACAUUGACAUGGCACUCCAACGGAUGGAUCAGUUGAAGCUUGCAGACAGCAUGUUUUCUCCUGCUCCGCCUGCAGGCUCCCCCGGAAAAAGGCUUAGGAAGAUGGCAACCAGAAAAUGGGAUUUCGCCCCGGAGGAAGAGAUCUGA